AUGCUUCUUCGGCGCACCACCAUUGCCGCCGCCGCCGCCGUACUAUUCCGCUCUUCCACUCUCCACUUCUCCACCGCCGCCGCCACCACCACCGCUAAAAAACUCUUCUCCAAGAUCCCUUGGAGGCACAGACCCAAAGCCAUUCACGAAUCGCAGAAGGCCCUCACGGACUACCUCCACUCCACCCGCUCCCUGCCUUUCUUCUACGCCGACAAAAUCGCCAGAAACUCCCCGCAGUCCCUCUCGAACAUCGUCUCCGGAAUAGCCUUCUCCCUGCCGACGUUCGCGUCCUCCUUCCAGCGAUUUCUCAGGUACCACCCGAUUAACGAACUCGAUUUUUUCUUGGAGAGCAUCGGCUUAAAUUGCUGCGAAGAUCAAAGCGGGCGUCCUGUUUUUCCCCCGAACACGUUUUCGCUCUCCGAUUGCAGGUACUAUGACGCCGCCUGUGCUCUGGCGAGUAUGGGUUUCCCGUGGAGCAAGCUGGGGUUGCUGUGUGCGGACGGGUUUUCCAUAUUCGAAUCUAACCCGUUGGAUUUGAAAAGACGAAUUGGUGAGAUUAAAGAUGUUUAUGGGUUUAACACUGUUACCGUAAUCAGCAUUUGCUUGGCUUUUCCUAGGGUUUUGUACAAUAAUAGUGAAAAAAUGGGUGUGUUGUUGAGUGAUUUGAAGGUAUUGUUUUUGGACUAUGAUUUGUUGGGCUGUGUGGAGGGUGGUGAUGUGGAAUCCGUGUUUGAUGUGUGCGAAAAAAUCAAGUAUUUUUACGACCCGGAUCGUGAGAUGGGUGGAAUGGGUGAGCUCAUGGGGAGGAACAAGAGUGUACUUAUCGAGUACCCGAGAGAGGUCUUGGUCAGCAAGAUUGAAUUUUUCCGUAAAUUGGACAUCCAGAAUGACGAAAUCUGCAAUUUUCUCCUCUCAAAACCGGAAAUAUUCGAUGUCGAUUUGGAGACCCAGGUUGUCUCAGUUUCGGGAUUCUUGAAGCAAUUGGGGUUGAGCGAGGACGAACUUGAAUCCCUUAAGCAGAAAUAUCCUCACGUUUUCGGAAGAAAUCGAUUGGCUAAUUUGCCUAACGCAAUGAGGUCGAUGAAUCUUGAGAAGUGGUUUUUCCAGAGACUGAAAAACGACAAUCACAAUUUAUUAGCUAAUUAUACCAUUUGUUGCUCGGAGGAUGUGGAUAGGCAAUAUGAAGAAUAUCUAAGGAAGAUUCUUGCUAAGAGAACACACGUUCACACGAUUAAAAAGCUCAAUUUUUUGCAUGGCAUUGGUUUUGGAGAGAAUAAGUACGCAGCUGAAGCUUUGGGUUCACUAUUCAGCAAUGGUGACCAGCUGCAAAGCCGAUUUGAUUGCCUCAUUAAUUGUGGGGUUGAGUACUCGAGACUUUGCACGAUAAUAAGGUGGAUGCCAAAAAUCCUUAAUCAGCAGGAAAACAAGCUUGUGAAAAAGAUCGAGUAUUUGUGCAAUGACUUGGGCUUGUCCCUUGAGUACCUAGAUAUUUUCCCUGGGUACAUGCGUUUCGAUCUCGAAAAACGGAUUAAACCGAGGUGUAAGUUUCACAAAUGGCUUAUGGAGAGGGGCUUGUGCAAAAAGAAAUAUGCCCUGGCGACUAUAAUAGCUUGUAGCGAGAAAGCAUAUGUUGCCCAUCUUUCGCGCAUCAGUCCUGAUGCGGUGAGGGUUUGGGAAGAGGGCCGAGAGGAUUGGGCUUCGGGCUGA